GACUGGGAAACAGAAGACCCUCCCCUCCUUGGGAAAAAAUAAUAUUUAAAAGACAUGCCUUAUAAGGUAGCACACAUACUUACUAAGAAUUCCAUAAGAAGCUCUUUCAAGUCUUGGCUCCAAUAUGACCAAAAAUGGAGGAACAAGGGUUGUGCCAAAAAGGGCCCCAGCCAUGUGCAGCCAAUUCGCUGCACAAACUGCACCCGGUGUGUGCCCAAGGAUAAGGCCAUUAAGAAAUUUGUCAUUCGGAACAUUGUAGAAGCCGCUGCAGUCAGGGACAUAUCUGAAGCAAGUGUCUUCGACGCUUAUGUGCUUCCCAAGCUCUAUGUCAAGCUGCACUACUGCGUGAGCUGUGCCAUUCAUAGCAAGGUCGUCAGGAAUCCAUCUUGUGAGGCCCGGAAGGAUGGAACACCCCCACCACGAUUCAGACCUGCUGGCGCUGCACCACGACCUCCACCGAAGCCCAUGUAAAGAGGUGAUUUCAUGAAGGCAGAAAAAAAAAUACCAUGGAAAAAUAAAACUGAAGUUAUACUUUAUGUGGCAAAAAAAAA